AUGUAUUUGACAGUGCAUGGACUUUGGGCUGGGAAAGGAUCCAUAGACCUAAAUGAUUGCCAGCCAAAAACUCCAAUAAAGGAUGCAGAGAUGAAUGAAAUUUUGAAACAAGAAAACCUGCUCAACAUGUACUGGCCAUCCUUAAGUACCAAGGAUAACAAGGCCUUCUGGAGGCACGAGUGGCUUGCACACGGGACUUGCAGUAUACCGUUGUUGGGUCAAAUUCCCAUUCAAUACUUUCAGUUGACCUUACAACUCUACCAAAAUCAUAAAGUACAAAAUUUGCUUGACAACACUGGGCUUCUUAAAAAAGAAUCUGCAUCUAGAGAAGCCAUUCGUAAGGCCAUACAUGACAUCACUAAUUUCAACCCGCAAAUUAAGUGUGUCAAGAUUGAAGAAAAAGAAUAUCUAGUUGAAGUUAGACUCUGUUUCACCGCAAGCAAGACGUCUCCAAUAUUAAAAGAUUGUCCCACAACUCUCUCAAGCUGUUUCGCAGACAAUGUUUAUUUCUGA